GGGAUAAUACGUACUCGUGCAAGACCAUGAUGCAGAAAUCGUCGAUGAGGCUGGCAUUGCUGCUGGCACUAGUUACGAUCUAUGUCACGUUGUUGCCACACAAUAUCCUUACUGGGGCGGCACCCAGCAAGAGCAAUCGAUUACAAGUGUGCGGAACUGAACUGUCGGAUGCCGUGAACUUAUAUUGCAAAGGAAGGUUUAACUCGCACAGAGUCUCGAAGCGAAGCAGCAGUUUGCUCGACAUAUUUGAUUAUGUGGAUCAUCUGGAUGAGGCAGAGGAUGACAUUGAAAAUGGCAAUGAGUUGACAUUGCCCGACACAGAGAACGCCUGGUGGCAGCCCCCUAGUCGAAACUCGGUUGUUGGUACCCGGAGACGUGUGCGCGGACUGGCGGACGAGUGUUGCAAGAAGGCUUGCUCAAUUAGCGAAAUGAAACAUUACUGUCUAAAUUAG